UUUAACUUCAAUAUUUACCCACCUGUCUAUGUAGUGAUGUGUGCAUUAAUGUAUGUGUAUGUGUUGGCAUAGAUAAUCUAUGUGGAUUUUAAAAAGCAGAAGUUUAGAAAUCUUGCAUCGCUCGCUCCCAGCUAAAGGCAAUAGAAAAAUCGAUUGUUCCUAGAAGGGAGUUAUUCUCUGGAACAGUCUUAACUAGACCAUCAUCAGGCCAGUAGACCAGCAGCGCAGGGAGGAUGGAUCCGUUGUUGUAUCUCGGUGGACUGGUAGUUCUCUUUCUGUUGUGGAUCAAGGUGAAAGGCUUAGACUACGUGAUCGUUCACCAGAGAUGGAUAUUCGUCUGUCUAUUUCUGAUGCCGCUCUCAGUCAUAUUUGAUGUCUAUUAUUACAUGCGCGCGUGGCUCAUCUUCAAAAUGUGUUCUGCGCCAAAACAGCACGACCAGCGCGUGCGGGACAUCCAGAGACAGGUACGUGUGUGGAGGAAGGAGGGGGGGAAGACUCACAUGUGUACAGGUCGACCCGGCUGGCUGACUGUCUCUCUCAGAGUUGGGAAAUACAAGAAGACUAACAAGAACAUCAUGAUCAACAUGAUGGACAUACUGGAGGUGGACACACAGAGACAGGUGGUUCGUGUGGAGCCCCUGGUCAACAUGGGUCAGAUCACUGCUCUCCUCAACUCCCUGGGCUGGACUCUGCCUGUGCUGCCAGAACUGGACGACCUCACUAUCGGUACGCUAUGCAUAUCAUUAUCAUUAUAUCUGCAUAUCAUCAGCAUAUAUUGUUGGCUCAGGUUUUAUGGUGAAGAGAACUCUGACCUGUUCCACGCAGUUCCAUGGUCCUGUGGAACUCUGGGGUUCCUGGUUGCUGCAGAGAUAAAGAUCGUCCCGGCAAGGUAUUGGGUUCGUCUGCAGUAUGAGCCAAUCAGAGGGCUGGAGAACAUCUGCCGUCGUUUCAGUGAGGCGUCUGAGGACAAGAACAACACGUUUGUAGAAGGACUGCAGUACUCACUUGACGAAGCUGUUAUCAUGACUGGCACUAUGACUGACACGGCUGAACCCGACAAGAUCAACAGGAUCGGCCUGCACUAUAAGCCGUGGUUCUUCAAGCACGUUGAAAGAUACCUGACGGAGAACAACACAGCAGUGGAGUACAUCCCUCUACGCCACUACUACCACAGACACACACGAUCCAUCUUCUGGGAGCUCCAGGACAUCAUCCCGUUUGGUAACCACCCAGUGUUCCGGUGGUUGUUUGGGUGGAUGGUUCCUCCUAAGAUCUCURUGUUGAAGCUGACCCAGGGAGAGACCAUCAGACAACUGUAUGAGCAGCACCAUGUUGUCCAGGACAUGCUGGUCCCAAUGAAACACAUCCAGACCGCUAUCGCACGCUUCCACCAGGACAUCCAUGUGUACCCUUUGUGGUUGUGUCCGUUUGUGCUCCCCCUGGGCCGGGGGAUGGUUCAUCCUAAAGGUGAGGAGGCAGAGCUGUAUGUGGACAUUGGAGCGUACGGAGAACCCAAGGUUAAACACUUCCAGGCUAAAGCCUCAUGUAGACAGCUGGAGCAGUUUGUCAGAGAGGUGCAUGGGUUCCAGAUGCUGUAUGCUGAUGUUUACAUGGAGCGUAGUGAGUUCUGGGAAAUGUUUGACGGGACGUUGUAUCACCGUCUGAGAAAGGAGCUGGGCUGUCAGGACGCUUUCCCUGAGGUAUACGACAAGAUCUGCAAAGCUGCACGACACUGACCUCUGACCACUAACCCCUGAUCCUUUAACAUCUGCCAUCCCACUAGUAAUACGAUGAAGAUUAGAGCCUUUAAGGAGUGUUCUCAGCCUGUUUGUAUUGUGCACCGGGGCCUCCCACUCCUCUUUCUAUUCUGGUUAGAGCCAGUUUGUGCUGUUCUGUGAAGGGAGUAGU